UUAUCAGGAGAGAUAUGGUUGACCAAUUUUUAUAUCUACAAUUGGUACUUAUUCGAUUAGCACAGUAGAUAAGAACAUUCUGAAAGAAAAAUUGUUUCGUCGCUUUCAGCGUAACGUUUUAUGGAGGAAUGAGAUUGUCAAGCCUAUUCAUUUUUGUGUGUGUUUCAAUUUGCACGAAAGGAUGUGAGGUUGGCUGGGUACAGUUUCAUGAUAAGUGUUACAUGUAUAGCCACACAGCAGUGACCUGGGCGGAAGCGUCGAGUAUAUGUAGUGUCUUCCAUUCAAAACUUGCUGAGCCAAUGACCACUGGGGAAUCAAAUUUUAUAAUCAGCCAUAGCCAAAAGGAAGCUGGCCGCUUUUGGAUUGGAAUAUCUGAUAUAAUUGAGGAAAAUAGAUGGGUUUAUUCAUCAAAUCUACAACCGAUUAAAGUGAACAGUUUUCAUCCAAGUCAGCCAGACGGUCACACCAAUGGAAACUGUGUCCUGCUCUGGAAGGAACAACACGGCCUCUGGGCUGAUGAUCCAUGUGAAAAUCGAUAUAAUUUUAUUUGUGAAAGGCUUCAAAACUUCGGGGGUGAAAUGCUUGGCUGAAGUAUUUGUUCUUAAUUGUUCGUCAUUUUCCAAAGAAAGUAAACCUCAAUAAAUUCCUUCAUUCAACA